CUCCAAUUCACAACCUCGGAGCCAGCAACCCAAUAUACCCCAACAAUCUCCAAUUGAAUCCCCAAAACACAAAAUCAAAUACCGAUAAUGGCGAUCUCUGAAGCGUAUCCAUACCGAGAGCCCAGCACGCCCGUUUCUAGAGGGGCAUUUAUUGUGAUAGAGGGGUUGGACAAAGCGGGAAAGACGACACAGGCUCAGAAGCUGUGCGAUACACUGUACGCGCAGGGACAUAAUGUCAAGACGCUAAGGUUUCCAGGUACUUGAAUUUUCUAUCUUGAAUGACAGUCCAAUUGAUCAGAGAUUUAUGGUGUUCUAUUGCCUUGGUGCAUGCUAAGAACCGAGAUGUACAGAUCGAACAACCCCCAUUGGAAGAAUGAUAAACAGCUACCUAGAAAACACCACCGAAAUGGAUGACCACGCAAUCCACCUCCUCUUCUCUGCAAAUAGAUGGGAGAGAGCGUAUGUCUUCCUUACCACCAAAUAUCCCUAUUUUUCUUAGUUACGACAUUAACACCUCCCAGCUCCUACAUCAAGCAACAAAUCUCCCUCGGCACAACCAUCAUUUGCGAUCGCUAUUACUACUCAGGAAUGGUAUAUAGCGCAUCCAAAAACAAUCCCGCUCUCUCCCUAGAUUGGGCACGUUCUCCUGAAGUCGGUUUACCACGCCCUGAUCGAGUAAUAUUCCUAGAUUUAAGUGCUGCAGAAGCAGAAAAAAGAGGAGGGUAUGGAGAGGAGAAGUACGAGAAGAGAGAAAUGCAGGAAAGAGUUCGCGAGCGAUUCCUUGGAUUGACUGUCAGGGGUGGGGAGGAAUCAACUGAUAUGACCGUUAUCGAUGCGGGUUCCAGUGUAGAAGAGGUUGCUGAAUCAAUUCUGAGUGAUGUAGCGAAGGUCGUCAGGGAUGUAGAGAGCGGAUUGAGGAGAGAACUUGGAACUGUUGGAGCUUGGUCGCAGUCAUAG